AUGGAAGAGGUCAAAGCUGAGGUGAAGGUCUUCCAUACUUCCAGAGAGACCCCUAACGAUCCUAUCAGCAGGAUGGUAAAGCACUAUUCCUGCUGGUACAGGCUAAAGAAAGGAGUGGCGUGGAUGCUGCGUUUGAAGAAGCUGCUACGCAAGAGACUCAAAGACAAAGAUGAUCAGGCAACCCCAGUCUCUCCCCGUGAUAGCCUCACGGUGAGUGAAUUGCGAGAAGCCGAGCGGGAGGUCCUGAAAUUCGUGCAAAGAGAAGCAUUUGACGAUGUCCAGUCAAAGCGCAGUAAACUGAGGAAGCUGAAUCCCAUACUGAAUGCAAAUGGUGUCCUACGCGUGGGUGGUCGCCUCAGAAACUCCAACCUGCCUGACCAGACCAAGCACCAGGACAUACUGCCAAAGAAGCACCACGUGGUGGACCUGAUAGUUAGACACUAUCACCACUUGACUGGCCACUCCGGGUCAGAAAGGGUGCUGACAGAAAUCAGACAGAAGUUUUGGAUAGUCAAGGCCAGGAUUGCAGUUAGAAGGAACAUCACCAAAUGCAUGCGUUGUCGGAAGAGAAAUGCUCAACCAAUGACCAAGCAGAUGGCGGAUCUACCCACUGAUCGAGGAGCGUCUCCAAGAGCAGCGUUCAGUCAUGUGGGACUGGACUACUUUGGGCCAUACCAUGUCAAACGAGGUCGAAGUUUGAUAAAGCGAUACGGCUGCAUCUUCACCUGCCUCACUACCAGGGCCAUUCACAUUGAAGUGGCGGAGAAUCUAACAACAGACUCCUUCAUCAAUGCCUUGCAGAGAUUCAUAAGCAGACGAGGUACACCAAUCAAGAUCCGUUCCGAUAAUGGUACAUGUACUAAUUUCGUUGGUGCCCAGAAAGAGUUGAAGGAUGCCAUAAAGGCCUGGAAUCUUCAACAAACAGAUGAAUAUAUGCGGCAGAGGGAGCUCAUAUGUAAGUUCAAUCCUCCAGCAGUUUCCCACAUGGGAGGUGUAUGGGAACGACAGAUCAGGUCGGUUAGAAAGGUCUUGGACGGGAUUAUGAAGCUUCAGAACUUGACUGACGACACGCUUCAUACCAUGAUGUGUCUAGUUGAAGCCAUAAUAAAUGGACGACCCUUGACAAAACUGUCAGAUGACCCAGUAGAACCCAUCACAUCAAACCACUCGCUGCUCUUGCGACCAGGAUUGUGUCUACCACCUGGACUAUUUGACGAGACAGACCUAUACAGACGACAAUGGAGGCAAGUGCAAUAUCUUGCAGACGUGUUUUGGCAUAGAUGGAGGAAGGAGUACCUGACUGCGUUACAAGAACGUCAGAAGUGGUGCCAUGCUAGCCAAAACCUGAGCCCAGACGACCUGGUUCUGAUUGUUGAUGACAGGAAUUCCUGGUCUCUGGGACGAGUCAUAGAAACUUAUCCUGGAAAAAAGAUGGUCGGGUAA